AUGAACACCUAUAGUCAUGCAAAGGCAAACGACAUUUUGUCGGGAGUCUCACUCUCUGUAUCAACAUUGGCGUUGGAAUUGGGGUGGCCUGCCGCUGUCGUUGUCGGACUCACUCUGACGGUCCUCGUUCUCAUCUGGGCGGCAUAUCGAACGAACUAUCCUCGCAUCGCCAACAUCCCCGAACCGCCAGGAUCGUUGCCCUUUGUCGGCCACCUGCCAUUCCUGGGUGGUCGUCUGGGUGUCAACGACGCCGACAUCUUCUCGCGAUGGAGCCGACAACUGGCAUCGGGGAUCUACCAGAUCAAACUGGGUUAUCAACGGACCGUCAUCGUCAGCUCCUGGGCCGUCAUGGAGGAGCUCUUCGUCUCCAAGAACAGUUCCAUGUUGGACCGGGUGCACCAACACGGGUUCUCCGACUACAUUGGUCUCGACAUCUCGGGGUCUUCGUUGACUCCGGAGGUCAAGAAGUGCAGAGCAGCUGCGGUUAGAGCUCUCGGAAAAUCAAUGUGGCCGGGAUACUACAAACUGAUUGAGCCCGACUCGGUCCAGUUCAUCACAAAGAUCUACCAGAGUGGGAAGAACGGACAGGUUCCCCUCGAGACAUAUCCGUGGCUACGUCAGAUUAUGUUCAAUUUGGCUCUACACAUGACAUAUGGGAUCCGCGUCGGAGAUUUUGAUCAAGAAUUGGCCACGAAGUUGUUGAACAGUCUGAACGUCAUCACCGAAUGUCGUGGGUCGACGGCCGAAUACCGACACUACGUGCCGCUGCUUCGAAUGUGGCCGUGGUCCAAAUCCAAGCUCAUCGCGGCGGCGCAGGAACGAAAUCGAUGCGCCAAGGUCCUGCACGAGCAGUAUCGACGCAAGGUGGAACAGGGAAAGGCCCCAGACUGUCUGGUGUCGUCGAUGAGAUCCGAGAGGUUGACGCCGGACGAGCUGUUUGGCACCUGCAUGUCGAUCCUGCAAGCCGCGCCGGACACGGUCUCGUCGAGCACGUAUCAAUGCAUGGCGUGGCUGUCGAGUGCAUCAGGACAGGUGUUCCAGGAAGAGUGCGUAGAGAACAUUCUCGAGGUCUACGACGGCGACCGCGAUCGGGCGUGGGACAUGGCCUUCCAGGAAGAAAAAGUGCCCUUACUGGUCUCGCUGUACAAGGAGACGCUGCGCUUCUACGCCACGUCGGCGUUCAACAUGCGGCGCACGUCGCGAGAAGCGACCGUCGGAGACACCACCACGCUGCCCAAAGGCGUGGGCGUGACGAUGAACAUCCGCGGCGUCAACCACGACCCGGACCACUACGGCCCGGACGCCCUGGCGUUCAAACCGAAAAGAUUCCUCGGCGACACGUCCCACCUGCCCCAUCUCACCUUCGGGACGGGAUCGCGCAUCUGCCCAGCCUACAUGAUCGCCAACCGCAUCAUCUACGCCAUGCUCGUCCGCCUGAUCCUGGCAUUCCGGCUCAAAGAGGUGCCCGGCACGAGACUCCCCUCGAUCGGCAGACUCGACUUCUCCGAUGUCAUGGGUCUGAUUGCCGUGCCCAGAGCCUACGACUGUGCAUUCACAGCCAGAGACGACGCGUGGCUGAAGGACAAAUUGGCGGUAGAAUGA